UUGGUCUGUGCCCGGCACCUGAAGAUGUUUGGCUACGAGCCCACCGUGUAUUACCCCAAGCGCCCCAACAAACCCCUCUUUGAGGGUUUGACCACCCAGUGCCAGAAGAUGGACAUCCCGUUCCUGCCGGAAUUCCCAGCCGAGCCUGCACUCAUCGACGAGCUCUAUGGGCUGGUGGUGGACGCGAUCUUCGGGUUCAGCUUCAAGGGAGCUGUGCGGGAGCCCUUUGGCAGCAUCCUCAGCACCCUGGGGCACAUCACGGUGCCCAUAGCCAGCAUCGACAUCCCUUCGGGCUGGGAUGUGGAGAAGGGGAAGGCGGAUGGGCUCCAGCCCGACAUGCUCAUCUCGCUCACGGCGCCCAAGAAGGCAGCGCUGCACUUCGAAGGGCGCUUCCACUUCCUCGGGGGCAGGUUCGUGCCACCAGCGCUCCAGGAGAAAUACGCUUUAAACCUGCCCCCGUACCCCGGCACUGACUGUGUCCUGCAGCUCACCUAG